AUGACGGACGAGCGGAAGAUCCCGGUCCUGCGCGUCACUCCCGCGGAGGCCAAGCGCGCGCUGCUCGUGCUCGCGGGUGUCGUCGCGUGGUGGUGCGCGUCGUGGCUGGCCAUCGGCCCAUCCAUGGAACCCCGCGGUCCCGUCUUCGCCGUGUACGUCCUGCUCUUCGUCGCCACCUUCGCGGGCCACUACGUCGCGCGGUUCCCGCCCCUACCCCCGCUGCUCGGUCAGCUCGUCGCCGGAUUCGUCAUGCGCAACGUCCCGGGGCUGAGCGAGGCAGUCGGCGAGGCGGUGGACGCGCGGUGCUCAUCCGCGAUGCGCACAGCCGCGCUCGGGGUCAUCCUCGUGCGCGCGGGUCUCUCCCUGGACGUCGCGGCGGUUUACCGCCUGAGAUGGCCCGCCGCCAGGCUCGCGUUCGGUCCCUCCACUGCCGAGGCGCUCACCGUCGCCUUGCUCGCCAAGCCCGCGCUGAACCUGCCGUGGACCUACUGCGCAGUCUUGGGGUACCUGUUUGCCGCGAUAUCCCCGGCGGUGGUGAUACCCUCGCUGCUCAGGCUGCAGGAUAAGGGCUACGGCGUCAAAGCCGGGGUCCCCGCGCUCGUGACGACCGCCGCGAGCGUGGACGUGGUGUACGCCAUCGCCGGGUUCGGCGUUUGCGCCGGGUUUUUGGUCACAGCCGCCGGCGGCGGGGCGUCCUCCGCCGCGUGGAGGGCGCCGACGCAGAUUGUCGGCGGGGCUCUCCUCGGCUACCUCGCGGGCAGGGCGCUCGGUUCGAUCACGCCGCCUGAUCGCGCGGUGGCCUCACCGGGUGGGGGGUCACCGGAUGCGUUCAGGGUGUGGGAGGUUCCGGGGGAGACGCCCGCGCGUCGAGCCGCGUGGCUCCUCGGGAUGUCGCUGCUGAUCCUCUUCGCCGGCGCCGAGGCGGAGAUGACCGGAGGCGCCGCGCUGGGUGUCAUCGUCGCGUCGGCCGCGGCGGCUCGGGAGUGGGGCGCGGUGGACGCGAAAGCGUGCGGCGGGGUCCUGAACGUCCUGUGGAACGAUCUCGCGCAGCCGCUGCUCUUCGCGCUCAUCGGCGCGGCGGUGGACGUGUCGAGGCUCUCGGGGGGUGAGGUGGGCGCCGGCGUGGGUUUACUCGCCGCCGGUCUGUGCGUGCGCGGCCUGGUCGCGUUCCUCGCCGCGGGAGGAGGGCAGUUGGCGUUCACGGAGCGGAUAUUCGUGGCCAUAGCGUGGAUGCCAAAGGCGACGGUUCAGGCCGCGUUGGCUGGUUUACCGCUGGAUGCGGCAAUCGCGUUCGAGGGUGGAGAUAGAAACGGUCCAGAGACGAAACGGGCGGAGGUCAUACUCGCGCUGGGGGUGCUCGCCAUCCUGAUCACCGCGCCGUGA